ACGUGACUCGCGUCAUAUGACAUGUUUUGACGCAACAUGGCGCCCCUGGCUGUCAGAGUGCGAUGAGUCCGUGGAAGCGAUUAUCCGUCGUGUUCCACAUCCGACAGCUAACGAAAAGAUGCCCGUUGACAUCAAUCGAUUGACGGAGGGUUGGCUAGAGCUGGAGAGCGACCCGGGCCUGUUCACGCUGCUCCUGGAGGACUUCGGCGUGAAGGGUGUCCAAGUGGAGGAGAUCUACGACCUGCAGAAGUCGCUGGAGGGCCCGGUCUACGGCUUCAUCUUUCUGUUUCGGUGGAUCGAGGAGCGGCGAUCGAGGCGAAAGGUCGUGGAGCAAGAUGAGAGCUUCGUCAAGGACGAGGAGAUCGUCAACAAUAUCUUCUUCGCGCAGCAGGUUGUGCCCAACAGUUGCGCCACGCACGCGCUGCUCUCAGUUCUGCUGAAUUGCCCGAACAUCCACCUCGGUACGACCCUGUCCCGGCUGAAGAUGCACACCUCCGGCAUGUGUCCGGAGAACAAGGGUUGGGCGAUCGGCAACACGCCGGAGCUGGCCUGCGCGCACAACUCGCACGCCAUGCCCCAGGCGAAGAGGCGGCAGGACAAGAAUACCGGGGUGUCCACGGGCAGAUUCACCGGCGAGGCUUUCCACUUCGUCAGCUACGUGCCGAUAAACGGCAGGCUGUUCGAGCUAGACGGCCUGAAACCCUAUCCCAUGGAUCACGGGCCAUGGAAGGAGCACGAGGAGUGGACCGAGCAAUUCAGGCGCGUCAUAACCGACCGUCUGGGCAUGGCGACUGGCGAGCAGCUGCAGGACAUCAGAUUCAACCUCAUGGCCGUCGUGCCGGACCGACGUCUCGCUAUCUCGCACAAACUGACGAUGCUGAAGACCAACAGGCAGAUAGUCCUGGAGGCUCUGCAGCAAUUGAUGAAGUUGAGCCAUCAAGAUGGCAACAACGCCGAGAAGAAUUCGCACAAAGAGAUCGAUCCCGACAAGGAGAAGCCGUACGAGAAGAGGAGCAAGACCGAGGAUGAAAAUGGACUGCCCGCCAAGACGGAGAUCGAGGAGUCGCCUGCAAUUCCCUCCAUCAACGUUGAGAGAAACAACGACUCGGCGGUGGUUAUGGACGAAUCGGUCUCUGCCAUCGCAUCCGGGAAACCCGAAUCCACCAGGAUGGAGAAGGUGGUGAUGUGCGCUCUGGAUUACGCCACGCCGCUGCGAAUCCAAACCUCGCCGGCUCACAGCUCGUCGAGUACGGACACGUCGUCGGAAAUCGGAUCGGCCUUCAACUCGCCCACUCAAGCUUGGGGAUGGAACUCCGGUCAGAGCAGCCCCACGUCGACGAAGGACUUCAAGAAGUUCGUGGUGAUCAGAGUCGCCGGCGACGAGAAGAACGAAGUCGGUCUAAGCCGCUCUCUGGGAAAUAUCAAUAUAAACGGGAAGAGAUUGGUCUCCGACAGCGGCCACUUGCACAAGAAGGUCUGCCUGUCGGGCGAGGUCAGGAUUCCUCACGCGAGGGUGAAAACCAGCAACGGCGACACAGUCACGGAGGAGAAGAAGGUCGAGAAAAUUGAUCCCAAGCUGUGCUCCAAGUAUCCGGAGUUGUUCGAGCCGCACACGUUCGCGCCUAAGGACCUUUUGGCGCUGCUGAAAAAUUUGGAGCACGAGAUCAGCGUGUGCGAGACCAGCCUGAAGGACGAGAACGACAAGAGAAACAAGUACAAGAUCGACGAUUGCCGGAGGACGCAUAAUUACGACGAGUUCAUUUGCACCUUCCUGUCGAUGCUCGCUCAGCAAGGCAAACUGGCGGAGUUGGUCCAGCAACAUCUAACGUUAAAGAAGCAUUCUUCCGUUUCAGUGAACAGGGUUCACAGGUCAUCGAAGAAGUCCGACACCCGUCAAAACUCUUCGCGCAGACGCCGUGGUAGAACAAAGUGUAAAAAACGAAAGUAAUCUCUAACGUAGAUUUAGUAGCUCUAGAGUAUCGUUCCGUCUGUUCAGGACUAUUUCAAGUGUUUAUAACGGACAUGCUAUGGAAAUUAACAGUUUUACAAAACGUAGACAAGCCAUAUUGUACAACGGAGCGAUUCUAAGUUGCGCGCGAAUACUUCAGAGGGUGAAUGCAGAGCUUGAAACGAGAUGAAAAGGGUCGAACGUGCGAAUGUUAUUCCUUAAGCCACGAUAAAUUAAAAUGUUCGUCCACCUUUCUACGUUCAUACAUUUUUUUUCUUCUUUUUCGGCUCCAAAUUUCCUCUGCAGCAUCGACGUCAAGAAUCGCCCCGUAUGGUUUCUGAAUAAUAUCCUUUCAAGAAUCAGUGAUUUAUUAUUAGCUCGAUAUUUCUGGCUUUCUAGCGUAACGCAACUACUUUUUAGACGAUUGUAGGACUCGGACUCCAUCACUGACAAUGAGUAGACAUUACUUCUUACACUGUACAAACUACAAUGUAUACAUAUAUAUUUUUUAUAUUCUUUGUAUAAUCACACGCGUGAUGUUUAAUUGUCCAAAGUAGAGUAUUUAUGCUUGUCGUA